AUGGGAUGCUGCGAAGGCAGAGGGGGUAAUGAAGAUAUAGAGGACGCGAAAAAGCAGCCGACAAUGGACAAGGCAAAGCUAGUGAAAAAAGUCCCUAAAGAGAUUGAUAUUGAAGAUAUUAAUUCUGAAGCAUCAGACAAUGAAAACCCUCAAAUAAACCCCCAAAUUGUUAACCAAGAUGAAAAUACUGUUCAGAACGGCAGAGAAAGAUAUAAAAAUAAAGCAAAGCAAGAGAAGCGGAAAGAAAUUGAAGCCAAUGGUAUAGGUAAUUCCGGAAAAAAUGAAAAUGGAGGUUCAAAUAAACUAACUUCCCUGCAUUUGUAGGUGAAUAGAAGGCUAUUUAUUUUUUUAACUUUAAUUAACAAUAUCCUUAUUCAUAAAAAUUCAAAAAUGUCUUUUAGAAUGUAAGCUAUUUUGAUUUCAUUAUAAUAAUUAUCACUUAUAUAUCAAAAGUAGUUUAAAAAAUUAUAAUCACUCAUAGAGAUAGGUUUUUACUAGAACAUAAUUAUUUUUCCAAUGAUUUUGCCAGCCCACUGAAGGGGAAGGGUAAAAUCUGAGGAAAUACAACUAAUAAAAAUUGAAGAAAAUAAAGAAUUGGAAAAAGAAAAUCCUAUCCAAAAUGAAGUCGUUAUAAAAAUAGAUACUUCGAAAAUCAUCCAAAGCGAUUAUAGCCCUCAAUUAUCUUCAAAUAAUCAUACUAGUCCUCUAUCUAAAAUUGAACUAAUUGAAAUUUUUCAAAAUUUAGAUAAAGGGUAUUACAAAAACCCAGAAAAUAAAAAAUUAAUUACACCGGAAUUAAUUAUAAGACUGAUAGCUUCACUUAAGGAUAGAGACUCAGAAAUUAUUGAACUUGCUCUUAAAGAUUUGCUUGGCUUGCUAAAACUUCCAAUUAGUUAUGAUAGCGGAGAAGUUUUAUAUGAAGAUGAUGCUUUAUAUCAAAUAAAUUGCCUUCUUCACGAUAUGGAUGAAAUGCUAAGAUUUUUAGCUUCAAAACUUGUCAGAGAAAUGCUGAAACAAAAAUCAUUAGAAGUAGACAUGAUUAAAAGAUACCAAAAAGGAGCGAUAAUUGCUGCGUUAGUUCAAGCAAACCCUAAUUUUACUAGUCCGAAGUAUUUGAAAAGUAAUCUUCAUACUUUAUUUCACUUUGUGUAUGAUUCAGAUCAUGAAAUUAUAGUUACUCCUUUUUACAUUUUCAUAAAAAUGAUAUUAAUUCCAAUUUCCCGGUAUUAGUUUUUCGAUUUUUUCAUCCUCAAUUUUAUCCAGUAAGUUGUCUCAUAAAAAUUUCUUUAAAUGCUUAAUAAUGUCUUCUUUAAAGUGAUUUUUUUUAAAUCUUAAUAUUAAAAUUAAAUAUUUUUUUAUAGGGCAAGUCAGCAAUCAAGAAAUAUUGUUUUUCAAUAAUAUGAUACACCUUCUAAACCAAACUCAAUUGGUAAUUUUAACAUAGAAAAUCCCUAAAUUAUCCACUCACCCAGACUGAAACUUAUAUGAUCUAAAAAUCAUGAAAUUAAUUGAAGACCUCAAAAAUGACGCAAAAAUAGAUUUAAAUGAAAGAAAAAGCUUGAUUUCCCCUAGACAAUCAUAUUCUUCAUUUUCGUCAGAAACUGAGUAAGAUUUACUUACUCCCCCCCAAACAAAAAAAUUUGUACACUUAUGGAGGGGGCUAAUUUUUUUAUUUAAAAAAAUUUAUAUAUAAAUUUUAUAGAAAAUUGUUUUUUUUUUUUCGAAAUUUUAAAAAAAUCAUCCUAAUUUGCAAAAAUUGGAAAAGCAAUAAAAUUUAUGUUUUUAAAACAAAUUUGUUAAAUGAAAUUAGCUCGAGAUUUCAUUAUACUAUUAUCACUUAUAUAUAAAUUUUUAUUUCAUAAAAAAUUUUUGUUCACUCACGGAGGGUGAGUUUUUGGGCAAAAAAUAGGGAUUUUUCCAAUGGUUUUGCUCACUCACGGAGGGAAGGGGGAAGUUAGUACUAUUUUCCCUUUGAAUAUCUAUAAAUAUUCAUUAGAAGACCUUAUCGCAGAACUCAAUACUCCACGUCGAAUUAAAUCUACAUUAUUAAACGAAACAUGGGCAGAAGCCCCUACAACUGUAGGCUCCCUUUCAGCUGCCCGAAUGGCUGAGCUUUUUGCUGAUAAAAUCCUGGAUGACCCAAAAACAAUAUCCCUAAUAAUUCAGACAAAUGCUAUUGAAAAAUUAAGAGAAAAUUUAAAAAGCAGGCUCAGAGAUAAAAGAGAGUCCGCAAUGAUUUGCCUUUUGCAUAUGGUUCAGCCUCAAUAUCCUGAAUUAUGCGACUUAUUUAUGAAUGAUGAAGGCUUAGCUCUAGCAUUUACAUUUUUACAGGAUAAUAAAGAAGGAAUGAGGGCAGCUGCAGUUGAUAUACUAAGAGGGUACUAUUUUAAUCGUCCAGAAGCUAUAGAAAGAAUUAGAAAAUGUGGGCUUGAUUUUGUUGGAGAGAUCAUAUCAGUUUUAACUGGAUUAAAUAGCCCAAGUAAUGUUAGUGUGGUGCUGCUAAAUAUAAGAGAUAUGUUUGUUAAUGAAGAAGGAGAGACUAAUAGAGAAGUUCUUAAUCUUUGGAAAAAUAAAGGACUUAAUGAAGCUUUGGAAAAAAUUGAUAUAGAAAAAUUGAAAUUAGAUGCGGAGUAUCCUAUGUAUGGAAAUCAAAUAAUUGAUUCCAUAAAUACAAUGAAAGAAGAACUUUUAUCUGAAGACUCAUAA